CCUAUGUACCAUGUGCAUCUAACUAAAAAUGUUUUAUCAUACAAUAAUUUUCGCAAAUUUUGGAGUCUAGGACAUACAAUGUUAUCAGGCAGAAAAUUUAGUCGCAGAGAUAGCCGGAUUCUCUCUCCUGAUCACAUAGUCUGGCUUGAUCUUGAGAUGACUGGUUUAAAUCCAAAUAAAGAUAAAAUUCUAGAAAUCGCGUGUAUUAUUACAGAUUCCAAUCUUUAUGUAGUUGAAGAGGGACCAAAUUUAGUAAUUCACCAAGAAGAUGAAGUAUUGGAAAAUAUGGAUGAUUGGUGCAAAGCAGUUCAUGAAGAAUCUGGCUUGUUAAAGGCUGUAAAAGAAAGUGAAAUAACUGUGGAAAAGGCAUGCCAUUUAUACCUUUCAUUUUUGAGAUUUAGUAAUAUACCGCAAGGAGAGUGUCCUUUGGCAGGGAAUACUGUUUAUAUGGAUCGUUUAUUUCUUAGGAAGUAUAUGCCAAGUUUAGAUCAAUAUUUCCAUUAUCGUACAAUAGAUGUUAGUUCGGUGAAAGAAUUAGCCAAGAGAUGGUACCCUGGCGUUUUUGGCAAAAUGCCGAAGAAAAUGCUUCAUCACAGAGCAUUAGCUGACAUCAAAGAAAGCAUCGAAGAAUUAAAAUUUUACCGACAAAAUAUUUUUAAAUAAGUCAUCAACAAUCGCUAAAUUAUAUAUAUUUAUGUAUGUGUCCGACAAGAUAUUUCUACAUAGUGACUUUUUCUAAUAUGUUAUUUUUAGAAUCUUAUAAUUUAUAUUUGUCAGGGACAUAUUUUUUUUUAAAAAACAAAUAUUCUAUAUUAUUGUCAACUAGUGAAUUAUUUAGUAUUAAUA